GAUCCUUUCAGCUGAUCUCUCUCUCUUUUGGUUAUCUUAAUAAUUCAUGAUCUCUUUGAUUGCCCUUCCCUAAACCUAAUUGUCCUUGUUCGUCCCUUCGAACAAGGCCCAGAUCCAAUUAGCCAUGGCGUCGUCUCGAUGGUGGCUUCUCGUACAGGCCGUCUUUUGGCGGUUCCUCAUGCGCAUAGGCAUGUUUAUCCACCAUAUUUCAUCCCCGCGACCGCCUCGUCGUUCCUUCGUACGAUCAAUCCCAACUGGGUCGUCACGAAUUGAUUUAUACUUCUAUUGUCCCGCCGAGUACUCUCGGGAGAUCAAGGAAGGUCGCAGGUUUCCUGUAGUGGUUAAUUUCCAUGGCGGUGGGUUUACUCUAGGAUGUCCGACCGAUGAUAGUCGCUGGGCCCAGUGCGUCCUGGCCGAAGUGGACGCUGUCAUGGUCAGCGUCGGAUAUCGUCGAGCUCCCGAACAUCCGUUUCCCGCCGCCGUUGACGACGGCGUGCGAGCGAUCCAGUAUCUUUCCGCCCAUGCCGUUGAAUUGGGACUGGAUGUCUCCCGCAUUGCCCUCAGUGGGUUUUCCGCGGGUGGCAAUCUGGCGGUUACGGUGCCUUUGCGACUUCGGAGUUUAAUGUGUCAGGAAUCUCGAGAUCCAUGGCUGGAUCGCGCGCAGUCCACGGAACAGCUUGUCGAUGCGUCCGCCAGCGACGUGAACAUCGUCGCCCUCUUCUGCUGGUAUCCCAUCUUAGAUUUCGAAGAGCCCCGUGAGCAUCGGCGGGCUGCGAGUAUUAUGCCCGACAAGACCCUCCCAGAGUUCUUUACCAGUCUAUUCGACGAGGCUUACUUACCGGACCUUGAAGAGCGCCGAUCGCCGUAUGCGUCGCCCGUUCGGGCCGCGGAUGCACUUCUAGCCGACGCUCUGCCACAUGACAUCUUUCUGUACAUCUGUGAAUGGGACAUGCUACUCAACGAAGGUCAACAGUUCGUGCGUCGCUUACAAAAUAUUAACAAGCAUGUCCGCGCCAUGAUGAUCGAGAGAGUGCCACACGCCUGGGAUAAAUCGCCCAAUCCGUGGCGGGAUCAGGAACAGGUGGAUAUUCUGUACCGCGACGCUUGUGCGGACAUGAAAGCCAUCUUUAAUGCAUAGACGCUACACCACGGUUUAUAUCGCUGGUUUCGGUCUGUCAGUGGGCCUUUCUUCU